CCCACAAACUUGAAACCCAAGGAAAGCCUGUUUACACUUUUAAGUUUUGUUUUCCUCCCAUCCUCUGCUGGCAAAGCCAUGUCACAGCCUGAGCUGGAUGAGUCUUUCUGACAAGCUGUUUGUAGAUCAGCUGUGCAGUUGUGUUUCUUCUUCAGCCACCAGCACCUCAGGCAAUUGGAAACCAUGGCACCACCAGAGUGGAUUCUUGAAUUUCAGCGUAGAGCAAAGAAUCUUAAAGAAGGACACUCUUGGAAAUUGGAGUUUGAUGAAAAUAUUGUUCCUGAGAAACCAAACUGGGGCUGGAAGCAGUACAUCAGGAACACAAGUGCAAGGUUCAGAUGCAGCGAGUGUGGAAGAAGCUGGCCCUCCAACCGGGUGAUGGUGGUCUUCCACAUGUGCCUGACAGGUACGCAGGGCACCGUGAAGGUGAGGUGCAUCCGUCAGAACUGCAAGAACUGCAGCGACGCCCCCAUGGAGAAGCCCAGUGUCUCCCCUGACAACAUUGUCAUCCUCAUGGAGAAUCUGAUGGAAAAAAUUCGAAUAAAGUGCUACCACGAAGACUUCGGUCAAAGGAACAGGCCUCCCAGAAGCCUCGAUGUCAAAAGUCCCCAUGAGCCCGCUCAUUGUGAGGGCUGUUUUCUUGGCAUCUGUACAAGGAACUGAACUUGUAAUGCUUUUUGUUCGCCUUCUGUUGAUUUAUUACAAUAUUAAUGCAGAAAUGAGAGGUUUUGAUGAUGUUGUUUGCCUGAGAUAUAUAUACGUAUAGAUGAAAUUAAGACUGCUCCUUCAGAUUUUAUUUCUUUUUCAGCUACAGUUAAAUAAUAGCUGGAGUUUUUCUGUUUAUUUUCACUGUAAGUUUUCUUCUCAUAUUUUAAAGUGUUCAAAAGCCUGUCAGAAGCUUGCUUAAAAGAAAAAAAUGUGCAUCUACGAACACAUAAAGGCUGUACACGGUAUGAACUGGUCAUAUUUGUGGUUUGUGUGGAUAUAUGCUUAUUGCAAAUAAAUUACAUCUAAAUUUAA